UGAGGUUGCACAGAUCUUUGUAAUGUUGCUAUGUUUUUAGGACAAUGACACUCUCUGGAUUGCACCCACUCCACCCUUGCCCUUUCUGUUGCUGUAUCCAUUUAUCCCUUUUCCGUCCUAUCUCUUCAGAGUCAUGACUUCUAAGUCCAAUCCCUCCACAAUUCUGCAGUGAAUGUGCCAGACUUCAUCUAGAUCAGUGCUCCUCCCUCUAUCACACAUGCAUAUAUCUGAAUAGUUAAGUAUGGAAAUACUUUCAAUUUGGUGUGCCUGCCAACAAGAUUUCCCUGGAGCACAUAAAACUACCUUGCAGGUAAACAUAGUUGUGGGCAGCUGGUUGAACCUGCUCCUCUCAAUUUGUUUUUGCUUUGGUGCUGGCAGUGCAGUAGUUCAAAGCCCUGGAGUGCAAGGCCCACUUGUGGUGGUUCUUCAUAUGCUGGCCUUACACAUAUUAUUUGUAUUUUCCACUAAGGAUGCCAUAUGCAGUUGCCUUUCUCUAGGAAAAAGUCUUACUAAGUCAAGUCAUUGGCUAAAUCUCCCUGCAACUGAAUGUUUCAUUAUGGAGUGAUAAUUUGCACCUGCUCAUUUUUAAGCCAGUCGGUGUGCAAUACCAUGUGUUAUGUGGCUUCAUUUGCAUGUUCUUUGAUAAGUCCCUGCCUACGUUACAGGCGUGUGAGAAAAUAAAACCUUACUACAACAGGCUGAUAACAUGUACAACUGUGUAAAAAUAAGUAACGGAAGGAGAGAAGAAAAGAGUUAAGUGAGGGCCUGUGAGUCUUUACUGGGGUGGCUCUUGAAACAGGUUAGAGAACUGAGGACAUGCAGAGCACCUGCUUCCAGCAGCAAACACUGCAGGAGAAGUCUGCGUUGGUGAUAGAAAAUUACAUAGAAGAACAGAAGGCAAAGCAGUGCAUGUGUUGAGGGGUAAAGUCUGAAGCAGAUAAGAACGACACUGUAGUGAGAUCUGAAAACGGCACUCAUUCUGAAAAACCUCACUCUGACCAAUUUCUUAGGUUCCACAAAACUGUUUUGCUUAGGAGUUAUUCAAGGUAAAAGGGGAGGCAUAUAGUAAAUCAGCAUCUUUAAAUGAGUUCCCGGAACACACACUUAUUGGCAAAGAGAAGUACUGGCCUUAAGAAAAUCAGUGUGAUCCAGUAAUCUUUUAAGACCUUGACAGCUGCCUAAAUGCAGCAUUAGCAUUGUCUGGGGAAAUAAUCGGAGAAGGCUUAGAGGAAACUAUCUCUUACAAAGAUAGGGCAGUUUAUAGAGAAAGUAAUUUUAAUGUAAGUUUCACAGAAAUUUCACAGAAUAUUCUGACUUGGAAGGGACCCACAAGGAUUAUUGAGUCCAAUUCUUAAGUGAUUGACCCAUACAGGGAUCAAACACACAACCUUGGUGUUAUUAGCACCAUGCUAUAAGCAACUGAGCUAAUCUCAGGUUAGAUUCUACUGCACCAAAUGGAAAGUGUUUUCCAUCCUAUUUUCAAAGUUCCAGUGGCAAGUAGCCUGGGAAAGAAAAAAAAGAAACCUGUAUUCUCCAUCUCUACUGUACACUUGCUCAACAAUCAUGAAGUCAUGUCCUAGACCAGAGGCAAAGAGAGAGGCGAGGGGUGAUGCAACACCCAACCUGGAAAAUUCUGAUUCCAAACAGCAUCUAAGGACCAUUGCUUAGGAUUGAGGAAGUUCUUCAUCACAAUCCAUGGCAAAUAGCAGUUGCAGAGUUCUUGAAUGAAUGAGAGGAAAAAGGUGACAAUACAUCUGUAUAUACUAUUAGUAAGAGAGCCAUUAUAAUAUAAUAUAGUGCUGCUUUUAAAAGGUUGUUGGAAAACCUGGAAGAUUCAACAGUGGUAAGAAUGAUUCAUGGUAUGGAAGAACCUGAUUUUCAAAGAGCAAUCACGGAAGUUCAUUCCAUUAAGUUUAACAAACAUAAGUUUAAAGAUUGCUUAAAUUUUGGCUGUAGUUACCAAUACAAGGACAGAUUAUCUAGUAUUUCAGCACUUUCUAAUUUAGUUAUCAUAUGAAACCACUGCAUUGCAAGCCUGAACUCUUUGCUCCUUAAGAGGUGCAGAGAAUCCUGACUGGACUUGGUACUGUGGGAAAAGCUGGUCUUGAGUGUAUAUGUCAGAAAAUUUGCUGGCACCCUGGAUAGUGGAUGAAACAUAAUAUUGACUUUGGUAACUUCACAGAUGUUUUCUGAAGGAAUCCAACACUAAUAUUCCUCAAGGUCUAUCUGCUAACAAAUGAGAAAGACACAUCCUAAUUGCAUUCAGCAGUGGGGUUCAGUUUUAAAGGUGCCAAAUUUGGUGGGCAGCCUCUUUCAGAAGAGAGCUGUUGUCACACUCUGUGAUAUGAAUGCACAGUAGACUAAAGGCGCCUUUACUGACUUUGAAGAAGCAGGCUGAAAGGUCAAUUUUCUCGUUCUAGAGCUAUUUUUAUCUUAAAAAUCUCAGGAUAAGCUUGCUUCCCCAGAGCUGCUGGUAGCAGGAGAUAGUAUUAUGGGUUCUACUGCCUGAGUAGUAAUCAAUGUCCUGUGUAUAGUCCUCUGCCAUGCUAGUCAAACAGAUCAAGUUGUUGGAGAUUUUCUUCCUUAAGGAAUUGUACAAAGACAUUCUACCAUAACCCUCCAACAGCAGUUACUUUGGUCUGAAACUCUUAGGAAACAGAAAAUCCCAAAAUUCAGUUAAUCUUCCUGCUUAAUAUAUGGCACAUAAAUUCAGCAGAACAAUUCAUUGUGAUGUGAAAAAGUAUUCGAGGUACUUCUGAGUACAGGAUAAGAUCCCUUACUCUACCAGGUUUAGCAUUACAGGAGAUGUUUUCCCAUUCCUGCAGUGAUGUGCUAUUCAGGGUAUGUAGGCAUUAAUCUGUAUAAACUCUGAGGAAGGGGUGGAGAUCCCACAACCAAAAACAUCCACAAUUAAGGGCAGUUACGCUACCUUCAAGCAGCUGGAAAGCUGUGGUUGGCUUGAAAUAACAUUUCUCCCAUAACCAGCAGCUCUUCCAGGUUUUUCAGUGCUCACCACCCUGUUGCUGCUUACCCUCCCCCCCACCCACCCCCCCCCCCCCAGUGGUUGCCCAGCAAAAUAUCAGAAAGGCUACUUUGAUAUUUUUUUAAACCGUGGAAGCUCUGGACUGCAGAACCAGCUGCAAAAGAGGUCCAGGCACAGCUAUAAAUGUCACGUUUCAGAGCACAGCAAAGCAUUCCUAGCAAUGGCCAUGCGUUCUCCUGCAGAAAACGGAGCUGGAAGUGGAGAGCCAGAAUUGCCACACUGCUGUUGACUAAACAGAUGCUGUCCAUAUGUUGGAUGCAUCAGCUAGCUGGGGCCUAGGAAAAGCUGCAAUAGUUCUGGCUUCCCUUUUCUCCCGUCCAGCGUGGGCACAGUAAGUAUCACAGGUGCUAAAUUAGAGGAUAAACAAAGAGAUAAGCAGCCAUUCAAGGGUGAAACCGUUUCGGAAGUGAUAGUGGUAAUUCAAGAAAUUUUUUGCAAUGGCUUCAGGCUUCACUUGCCAGACCUUUAUUCUCCUAAGCAAAGUUUAUUCUUUCACAUGAUGGAUUCUGUUAACCAUACACACACAAAGUUCUUGUAUAACUAACCUGAACCUUCGACUUUAAAUGCUCUGCCAAGUCCCUUACAAGCCCCCUUUCUCUUGAGGCAGAAGAUACAUUAUACUCAGUAAUGGAGCAAAACAACAACAGUGUAGAAGAUUUCUCCUUGAAUGUCUUUUCUGUUACUCCUUGUCAGACAAACAGAUCUGAUGCCCUGGUGUCAGACGGGGAUAAAGCUGGCACCACUCUGCUCUUUUCAGGUGUGUUUUUGGGACUGGUGGGGAUCACUUUCACCGUGAUGGGAUGGAUAAAAUACGAUGGCAUUACUCACCUGGAAUGGACUCAGUUACUAGGACCUAUUCUGCUGUCUGUUGGGGUGACUUUUAUUCUGAUCGCUGUUUGCAAAUUUAACAUGCUCACAUGCAAGCCCUGUAAAGAAAGAGAGGAAAAUGUGUCAGACCUCGACCAGUCUGCAAGCGGGCAGUCCUUUGUCUUCACCGGCAUUAACCAGCCUAUAACUUUUCAUGGUGCCACAGUGGUACAGUACAUCCCUCCACCGUACCCAUCCCAGGAAGGCAUUCCUGUGAGUCCCAGCUACCUUCACCCAGUGCUUAGCUGCUGCAGUGCUGUUUCCUCCAGUGCCUCUCCAGUUCCCACCCCAGGCUCUCCUCACUUCUGCCCUGCUUACCCUCUGGAUAACCUGGCUUUUACUGGAGAUGAGAACUACACCACUUAUCCUGCAGAGAAUACCAGGAAUCACAGGUCAGAGGACAGUUCUAAUGAGCCAGAAGAACUGGGGGAAGACUGUAAUAACUUGUCACCUCCACCUUAUGAGGAAAUAUACCCACUGUCUUCAUGAAAUCACCAUGGGCAACAGAUGACAAUUCUAAGAAAUGCCAACAUGAAACCCAGAAAAUCUUUUCUUUAAGCACUUGUGUGAUAAGCAAGUGUGAGCAAGAUCUUGGUAUUGAUACACAGUUCGGUAUCACUGAAGAUAUUUAUCCAAUCCCUUCUUUUUCUCUGUCAAAAUUCAUUAGCCCUUUGUGAUGCAGUUUAAUAGCAAAACUAUUAAUAGCAAAGCUAUUAAACUCAGGGAUCUAAGUCCCUAUUAGGACUCCCCAGUAAGAAGCUUGAUUGCUCCUGGACAUUCAGCAUCACUGGAAAACAUUUGACUUAUUCUUGAUAUAUUUUUACUCUUGAUUGCUUGGGAAACUUCAAAAGUGCUCAAGUGUCUGAUCCAUGAAAGUGCAUAUUAUAUCUUAAUUCUGUCUGAUUCUUUAGACUAGCUUACUCAUUAAUAAGUCCAGUCUACAAAUUAGACUCCCUCUGCUUGGUUUAUCUGCACAACCCAGUCCUGUAGCACAGCUCAGUCCUGUAGGCAUUUUUGGGGCACCCUGCUUAAACCAGAACAUCUCAGAACAGAGAAAAUACAAAUAGUGACUUCUGCCCACUUUACACAGAUCUCUAAGAGAUCUUGCAUGCGUCAAAUUCAGUUCCCUUCUCCACCUGCUGGGAUGCCAAGCACUGUCUCCCACCAGAAGUCCAAAUAAUAACUACUAGGUUAAUGUCUCUAAAGAAAACGGCACCUUUCUGAAGCCUCAACAGGGGUGUGUGGUCCUACCACUGUUAAGGACUUUGACAAUCACAGCUUCUACCUGCUGCACCCUCACUCUGUGGUAGAGCACACAACUCAGUCUGUAGGUUUCUCCAGAGCAUUCAGGCAACUAUGGGCCGCAGUGAACUUUCUUGUGCAAGUUCAGUUUUCAAGAUCAACAUGGUUCCAGGCAUUGUAUCCACAACAAUGUAUUAGCUCAGUUGGUUAGAGCACAGUGCUAAUGAAUACCAAGGUUGUGGGCUGGAUCCCUAAAUGGGCCUUUCAUUCAAGUGUUGGACCUGAUGAUACUUGUGGGUCCCUUCCAACUCAGAAUAUUCUGUGAUCCUCUGAAGUGUAUUUACAGCUGCAUCUAACAAAGAAUGUGACAUAUAAGCUCUGAAAUUUUGCAAUCCAGAAUGAAGGUCCAAAAAAACUUUGCUCAGGGACUGUUUAAACCCCAGAGCAAUGAGAUUGCUGUGAGUCUCUAUGUUUUUAUUUUGUAUUUCCACACUCUGUGCCUAGAAGUGCCCUGACACAGCUGGACAAGCCAGUAUUUCCCUAUGCAGAAUCCUGUCAGGUUUGCCUGUCUGCCUCAAAGGGCUCAACCCAAAAGCUGUUCUUAGCCCUCUCUUGCACGAGUGGACAUCACACAAAAUGCUCUAGAGGUAAUGGUCACCAAAUGGUCAUCCAAAGUAACCAAGUGGUGCACUGCUGUUGGGCCUGUGGGCCAGUCUCCAAGCCUGGCCUAGCACAGCUAAAAGCAGGUGCCCAUUAUGGAAUGGAUCAACUUUCUCUUACUUGUCAACGCAGCUUUCUCAGCUCUUGCCAGAUUUCAUCUGUGAUUGAUCUCAUUCCUAAGGGCUGGAGAAGCUUGGCACUUGAGCACUGACAGUUGCAUACCAACCGGAUGUAUCUGACAGCUUGAAGUCAUGGAGUUUCCAUGCAGCCUCCCUAGGCUCUGGGUGGAGUGGUGCAUUCAGAACAUUGUCCAGUUGCAUGGAGCUGCCGGUGCACACCAACCUCCUUGUCCUGUAUACAUAGAGGUUGCCAAGAAAAAAGCAUUUUUGGAGGGACAAAAGCCAACCACUGCACUCCACAGUGGUGGACAGAUGCUGACAGAGGUCAUAUUUGAGUCACAAAAUGUAAACUGACUCAAAGCUGGAUUAGCAACUGAAGCAGCAACUACGAAACAGUGACUACAAACUAUGUGCGGGGUUUUUCUCACUAGAGAAGUAUGGGGCGUGCUGGUUUUCAGCAGCGAUGGCUGGAGUUAGCAGGUAGGCACGUGUGGUUGGAGAAAGGGAGGCAUGCUGUUUUCAGUAUGAUCUCUAUGGGAUUGAGUGAGAGAACAGAUGAUCUAAAAAUAAAUGCAAGUUUCUCUUAUGGAAGUCUCUUACUCCUCUUCCAGAAUUUACGCAGAGGUGAACUCAUCCUCCCUCCACAGCAGGAAACUGGAAGGUCCCAAAUCCCCAGUUAGUUCCACAUGGACAGAUCCCUGCACUUAGCACGUAGUUCUGCUGACUCCAGCAAGCACUGCAAUAGCACAGAGGUCAGGCUUGAUGGAUCCAAUUGCAGGACUAGGGUCAAAAUUUCUACUCAGUCACCCUCCCCCACAACAGGAAAAUUCCUUCAGUCAGAAACCACAGACUUUUCCUGCUGCUCUUCCUUCCCGUGUACAUGGCAUAAAUGUGUUUCAUGGGGUAAUCAUAUCUUUAUUGCAUCAAAUCAUACUGUCAGAGUAAAUGAAAAAACCUAGAAGGUUGCACUGUGGACUCCAUAUUUAUUUUAAAGUUUAGUUCUGUAGACUCUAAAUUCAUUGUGAGAGUCCUCAGUUUCUUUUUGAAGAGAAGACUGAAUAUUGAAUUUAAAUAGCUACAUAUUAAAAUGAUCUUGACCGAUCAGAUGAAUUCU